GCUGGGAGGAGGCUUUGAUCCUUGGGUCUGCACUUUGCAUAGCAUUUAACCCUUGUACUGCAGUGUGCGGAGCAGCAGGGGUGACACUGAGCCACCGCAGCCUCCUGCUCACAUGUCACCAAGAUGUCACUUUGCAGCAUCCGAGCCCCUGACAUCACUAUGCCCUCUGGGCAGGUCCCUGUGAAUUUUAAUGAUGUGGCAAUUUAUUUCUCAAAUGAAGAAUGGCGCCAUCUAGAGGAGUGGCAGAAAAACCUGUACACGGAGGUCAUGCAGGAAAACCUGGAAAUCUUGCUUUCAUUAGAUGAUGUUUGCAAUAAAAUUGAAGACAAUACUUCUAUAUUCUCUAGUAAUAAGGUAAGGAGGAAACUAAAAAGAACCCAGCUGGAUGAGCAAGAUGCAGGGAGCAGUCAGUACAAGAAGUAUGUCCAUGGUGUCUUAGAAGGUCUAUGCCACAAGUGCUGCCAAUGUCAAGAAGACUUUAAUAGCUGGUCCCUACUUAUUGACCAUAAAAUGAUCUGCCACAGUGAGAAUUCACUGUUCACUCAGGAUGACGAGAAGAUCGUCUCAAGUCUUCAAAGUCCAAGAUACAAUGACCGGAGAUCUCUUGGAGAUCAUGAGAAAUUUUCUUUGAGGGAUCUGAUUCAGGCAACAUGCACAAUACGGACACAAGAUGAUGAACAGACCGAAAGAAUUGACCAAGAGACAACAAAAUCUUACAGUUCUCACAAGAACCACAAAAUACUUUCCAAUUGUGAAAGUAAGAAACUCUCAACCAGGAGUCAGAACUCAGAAAUGGGGAAGAAUUUCCGUAAAUGCGUACAUUGUUCUAAGGUAUUCAAAGACGGCAGCCUUCUGGCUGAGCAUGAGAAAUCACACAAGGAAAACAAGACCUUUGCCUGCCCUGAUUGUGGCAAAACUUUCAUUAGGAAGUCUAUACUGAAGCUCCACCGGAGGACGCACACAGGAGAGCGGCCGUAUGCCUGCACUGACUGUGGGAAAAGUUUCAGCCAGAGGUUCAACCUUGUGAUCCAUCAGCGGAUUCAUACAGGAGAGAAGCCGUAUAGAUGUCCUACAUGUGACAAAAGCUUCCGCUACAAGCCAGCUCUUGUCAGGCAUGAGAAAGAAGGAAAAUGUGUGAAAAAUGUUCCAAAAACACAGACGAUGGUGGAGAAAAAGAGCCCUGGACAUCUUCCUCAUAUGACUGCUACUGUUAAAACAUCACAAAUUCUUCCACAUUCUUCCGUCCAUCAUUCAUUUUCCUUGAACUCUGUACAUGACACAGCAGCUUCCAAACUUCAUUUCUCAAAGCUCAGACCACUUACCUGCCCAAAAACCAUGAACCACAAUUUACAUGGUGUUAAAGUCCCAUCAAUUGCACCUUCUUCACAUCCUCUAGCAAGCACUAAACCUCUCACAUCUGUUGAGUCUCACGACCUGAGAAUGAAAUCCCCCACAACCUUGAUAUACAAUAAGUCAAGUAUAAAGACUGUGUUGGAUGUACCAUCUUCCAUCCACAGUCUUUUGCGUAGAAGGCAUCCAACAACCGCACCUUCCUCCACGAGUCAUGCAUUCAAUACUAAGCCAACUUCAACUUCCUUUGUCAGUCAUUCAUUGGACACUAAGAUUUCAUUAGCCUCAACUUACCCCAUCAGUCAUUCCUUGGAAAUUAAGACUUCAUCGACCUCACCUUCCUCCAUCAGUCAUUUAUUAGAUAGUAAACCUCCAUUGGCCCCUACUUCCCUUUUCACUCAUUCGUUGACUACUAGGCCUCCAUUGGCCUCACCUUCCUCCAUAAGUCAUUCACUGGAUAGUAAAGUUCAAUCCACCUCACCUUCCUCUAUUAAUCUUUCAGUGGAUAGUAAGCUUUCAACAACCUUAACUUCUCCCAUCAAUCAGCUAUUGGUUACUAAUCCUACAUCGGCUUUAACAUGCUCCACCAGUCAAUCAUUGGCUACUAAGCUUCCAUUGACUUUACCUUCCUCCAUCAGUAAUUCAGUGGAUACUAUGCCUCCAUCAGCCUCACCUUUCUCCAUCAGUCGUUCAUUGGAUACCAAGCCUCCAUCAGCUUCAUCCUCCUUGAUUUCUCAUUCAUCAUGUAUUCAACCUGCAUUCACCUCUUCUUUCCCAAUACGUCCUUCAUCAGAUAAGAAAAUAACCUUAGCCUCAGGCUGUUCAAAAAUUUCUGCCCCAGCUAUGAAGCAUCUCUCUGCUACAUCACCCUACAUGGUUUACCAAAUGAGUAAAAACCCUUUGUCACCUUCCUCUGCUUCUUGUCCUAAACUUUCUUCCACAUUGUCCUCUGCUAGAUAUCUUCCAUCAGGUGUAAAAUGUCAUUCAUCAUCCAUGAUCUCAUGUCCGCCAGCCUCCCAUAUAAAACCUGCUUCCACCAGUUAUGAUACAUACAUACCCCAUGGUGGUAAUUGUACUUCCUUGGUUACCUCCACCAGUCAUCCAGUUUCUGUUAAUGAGUCUGCAACUAAACCUUCAUUGCCGUUAUCUCCAACUUCUCAUCUGUCUGGUACUAAACCUUCUUGUAAAUCACCUGCCUCCAUUUGCCAGCAGACCAUGUCUUUUCCAGCCCCAUCGCAAGCCAGUUCACAUUGUCCUGCUGAGAAACUAUUUAAAUGUAGUCAAUGCAAAAAAUCUUUUGUCCACCAGAGUCAAAUGAUGGAACAUCAGAAAUCCCACACUGGAUCACGAAAUACUUGCCCAGAAUGCAAUAAGAGCUUCAUUCGGAAAUCCACACUCAUCCUUCAUAAAAGGACUCACACUGGAGAAAGGCCUUUUGCCUGCACUGAAUGUGGCAGAAGAUUCAGCCAAAGGUUCAAUCUUGUGGUGCACCAACGCAUACAUACAGGAGAAACCCCAUAUCUAUGUGCAGAAUGUCAUAAGUCCUUCCGAUACCGAACAGGUCUUCUCCGUCAUCAGAGGCAUGGACCAUGUACAAAAAAGGCAUCAAUAGAAACCUCUCUUACUGCUAACCAAAGCUUUGCCAAGUCAACCCCCACAAUAGAUAGACCUUUGAAAUCUCAGCCAGCUUUCCCAGGAUCUGAAAAAGUUAAUAAUUUAGAAAUUCCAGAUUUAACCAAAAAUUUGAGACGACAACUGGAUAAUUGGCAAAGGUUUCAAUGUAAGACAUCAUGUUCACCAUUGCCACCAUUGGGUGGACAUCUCAAGUCAAAACGAAUUUCAAUAUCUGAAAACCCAAUUGCUAAAAGGUCACCAGGCCUGGCAUCCUAUAAGGUUAAUAUUAGGAUGAAGACUUUGAAAACUGAUGAAGAACUUAAAGGCAACAAUACACUGUAUUCCACUCUUCGAUCGUCUGUUGAACCCUCCCUUCUUUCUCGCAUUCCAACAUUUCUUAGUCAUGAUCCUGUCAAUAUUACCUCUCCAUAUAGUCCACCUGUUGUCCACCAAGUCCAGGGCAAAGGACCAAAGACCUCAACUUGUGUCUUUAAGAAAAGGACAUCUGUCGAUCCCAGGUCAAGAAUGGGAAAGGAACAAUAUAAAUGCGACCAUUGUAAGAAUUGCUUCUCCCAAUUAGACAAGUACAUAAAACACCAAACAGUGCAUUCCAGCGGCCGGCACGGGUGCACCAUGUGCAAGAAAGUCUUCAUCAAGGCCUCUCAACUUGUGGUUCACCUAAGGACGCACACUGGAGAGAAGCCUUACUCCUGCGGCAAAUGUCACAAACAGUUCAGUCAGAAGUUUAAUCUUGUCGUCCAUCAACGAAUCCACACAGGGGAGAAGCCAUUUAUGUGCACAGGCUGCAACAAAUCAUUCCGCUAUCGGACCGGGCUUCUCAAACAUCAAAGAUAUGACCGGUGUUCAUGACAGGACGGGAAGACUAGACACAAAAACAUUCCAUCGAUGAUUUAUUGGAAUCUUUAUCAGUCUAUGGUGGAGAAGGUUCCAGCAGCUCAGGGAUAUCAGUCAUUUUAUCUGUAAUUCCAUAAAUUAAAGGGUGUUCUUCGG